AUGACAGGUUGUGGUCCUGCAAAGCCUUUAUGGGAAGCUUUGAACAAUGCUAGCAUUUUGAGGGUGACUGUUAAGACUGUGCUCAGGGGUAAGGCAGAGUCUGAGGGGCUUGGCUUCAGCUCAUGCACUGUGCCCCUUACCCAAUCCGACUUGAGUUCUACAAGCUCUGACAGGACAUUGGAGCGGAGGUCCUCCAAAGGAGGGCUGAUGGACUACUGGAUGAGCACGGGAACAUCAGGUGGAGAUUGGUCCACCCUACAGGGGAGAGUCAGAGGGCUACUGCAGUCGGAAAUAACAGUAGAAACAGAGCGGAGGAGACUGCUCAGACAAAGUCCUGAAGCAGAAUGGAAAUGCUGGAGGACAGAGGAAAGGCAGUGGAGGCAUGGGAAGUCAGAUGAGCAGAGAAGGCGGUCUGCCAUUAUCAAGGACAAGUCUUUUGACCACUUUCUCUGCUUUGAACAAGUCAUUGGCAAUGGUGUGCUUGAGACAGACUUUGCUGUGAAGGCAGUAUGGUUUUCACCAUAUUUGGCAUGA